UCUUACCGUAGGGGCUUUCCCCCGCCCCGCCCCGUCCCGCCCCGCCGGUGCUGCACUACCUGCGCCGGCGCUGUGGCAGCCGGGGCCGUGAGGGUCGCCGCCAUGCACGACGCCUUCGAGCAUGUGCCGAUCCUGGAGAAGCUGCCGCUGCAAAUCGACUGCCUGGCCGCCUGGGAGGAAUGGCUCCUUGUUGGAACCAAACAAGGGCAUCUUCUGCUUUACAGGAUCAAGAAAGACGUAGGAGAGGUUAUGUCAUCAGAAAGUGUCUGUUGCAAUAGGUUUGAAGUGACACUAGAGAAAUCCAACAAGAACUUCUCAAAGAAGAUUCAGCAGAUUCAUGUUGUUUCUCAAUUUAAAAUUUUGGUCAGUCUAUUAGAAAAUAACAUUUAUGUUCAUGACCUGUUGACAUUUCAACAAAUCACCACGGUUUCCAAGGCAAAAGGUGCAUCUCUCUUCACUUGUGAUCUCCAGCAAUCAGAUACAGGGGAAGAGGUGCUGAGAAUGUGUGUGGCAGUGCGUAAGAAGCUACAGCUGUAUUUUUGGAAGGACAGAGAGUUCCAUGAACUACAGGGGGACUUCAGUGUGCCUGACGUACCCAAGUCUAUGGCCUGGUGUGAAAACUCCAUCUGUGUAGGCUUCAAGAGGGACUAUUACCUGAUCCGGGUGGAUGGAAAAGGAUCCAUCAAAGAACUGUUUCCCACAGGGAAGCAGCUGGAACCAUUGGUAGCUCCUGUAGCAGAUGGAAAAGUUGCCGUUGGCCAAGAUGAUCUAACAGUUGUGCUUAACGAAGAAGGGGUCUGUACUCAGAAAUGUGCCUUGAAUUGGACAGAUAUUCCUAUAGCCAUGGAACACCAGCCUCCCUACAUCAUUGCUGUUCUGCCAAGGUAUGUGGAGAUCCGCACUUUUGAGCCCCGGCUGCUUGUACAGAGCAUUGAGCUGCAGAGACCACGCUUCAUCACCUCUGGAGGAACAAAUAUUAUAUAUGUAGCAAGUAAUCACUUUGUUUGGCGGCUCAUUCCGGUGUCCAUUGCAACACAGAUCCAACAGCUUCUGCAGGACAAACAGUUUGAGUUGGCUUUGCAGUUGGCAGAAAUGAAAGAUGAUUCAGAUAGUGAGAAGCGACAACAAAUUCACCACAUAAAGAACCUCUUUGCCUUCAACCUUUUCUGCCAGAAGCGCUUUGAUGAAUCUAUGCAAGUUUUUGCCAAACUUGGUACAGAUCCCACUCAUGUGAUGGGUCUGUAUCCUGACCUCCUGCCCACAGAUUACAGGAAACAGCUACAGUAUCCCAACCCCCUGCCAGGGCUCUCUGGGGCAGAGCUGGAGAAGGCACAUUUAGCUCUGAUAGACUACCUAACUCAAAAAAGAAGUCAGCUAGUGAAGAAGCUAAAUGAUUCUGACCAUCAGUCCAGUACUUCACCACUCAUGGAAGGAACACCCACCAUCAAAUCGAAAAAGAAGCUGCUACAAAUCAUUGAUACCACCCUGUUAAAGUGUUACCUGCAUACAAAUGUAGCGCUGGUGGCACCAUUGCUGCGUCUGGAGAACAAUCACUGCCAUAUUGAGGAGAGUGAGCAUGUACUAAAGAAGGCACACAAAUAUAGUGAGCUGAUAAUACUGUAUGAGAAGAAAGGUCUGCACGAGAAAGCACUACAGGUACUGGUGGAUCAGUCAAAGAAAGCCAACUCACCUUUGAAGGGUCAUGAGAGGACAGUGCAAUAUCUGCAGCAUUUGGGCACAGAAAACUUGCACUUGGUAUUUUCCUACUCAGUCUGGGUGCUAAGAGAUUUUCCUGAAGAUGGUCUGAAGAUAUUUACAGAAGACCUCCCUGAAGUGGAAGCUCUGCCACGGGACAAAGUGCUCAGUUUCUUGAUAGAAAAUUUUAAAAGCUUGACUAUUCCUUAUCUGGAACACAUCAUUCAUGUUUGGGAAGAAACUGGUGCAGACUUUCACAACUGUCUGAUCCAGCUGUACUGUGAGAAAGUGCAGGGAUUAAUGAAAGAAUAUCUCAACUCGUUCCCUGCAGAUAGAACUCCAGUGCCUGCUGGGGAGGAAGGAGGAGACUUGGGCGAGUACCGUAAAAAGCUUCUGCUUUUUCUGGAGAAGUCAAGCUGGUAUGAACCUGGUCGGCUAAUUAGUGACUUCCCCUUUGAUGGUCUCCUAGAAGAACGUGCUCUGCUCUUGGGUCGUAUGGGGAAGCACGAGCAAGCUCUUUUUAUUUAUGUUCAUAUUUUGAAGGACACCAGCAUGGCUGAAAACUACUGCCAUAAACAUUACGACAGAAAUAAAGAUGGCAACAAAGAUGUCUAUCUGUCGCUGCUCCGGAUGUAUCUCUCCCCGCCUAGUGUUCAUUGCCUGGGACCAAUCAAGAUGGAAGUGCUGGAGCCUCAAGCCAAUCUACAGGCUGCUCUGCAGGUUUUGGAACUACAUCACAGCAAACUGGAUACCACUAAGGCAAUAAACCUACUCCCAGCAAAUACACAGAUUAAUGAGAUUCGCAUCUUCUUAGAGAAAGUCCUUGAAGAAAAUGCUCAGAAGAAAAGAUUUAAUCAAGUGCUCAAGAAUCUUCUCCAUGCAGAGUUUCUGAGGGUCCAGGAGGAGCGGAUCUUGCAUCAGCAAGUGAAGUGUAUUAUUACAGAGGAGAAGGUGUGCACUGUUUGCAAAAAGAAGAUAGGUAACAGUGCGUUUGCUCGAUACCCUAAUGCAAUAGUUGUGCAUUAUUUCUGCUCCAAAGAAGUCAACACACUCGACACCUGACCUUGUUGUGGUCAAUAAUUCCAGCACUCAUAUGAAAUUCAAAACUGGUGACUUAAGAAGUUGAUGUGUCUGAGAUUUUUGAGGCUUGUUGCUAGGUUCUCUUACACUGGGUAGGAGUAAUUUGUAUAUGUGGACUGACUGUACCUACCUGGCAAUAUUGAUUUACUAAAAAAUGACUUUAACCAAGUUGUUAUAGUGCUGGCAACUACACUGAACCUCUCAGUACUCAGAUGAAAAAUAGAAAUUUUUCUAGUGAGUUUUGUAAUACACUCCAACCUUGCAAAUGAACUGUUAGACAACUGUUGGACGUUCACCACAAAUCAAGUUUUACAGUAAAAUGUACUUUCUUAGGGUGAAAA